ACAAAAAAAGAAACAACGAUUCAUGUGAUACAUGCAACUCAUCAACACCUGGUUCCAGCCUAUCAGCGUCUACUACCAAAUAUUCCAAUGACGAUACCAACCAGUCAUCAGCCGACCAACACGAACCUGCAAUAGCACUUCCUGCCGAUGCAGUUGUAUGCGAGAAAUGUGGAAAUCAAGCAGAAAUUGGUCGUCAUUUCAAUUAUGGCUAUGAAAGUAUGGAUGAACUAAACAACUCGUUUCCUCAGAACUAUCAUGUCUGCAAAAGCCCUCCGUAUGAUUAUGUAGAGCCAGAGCAAAACCAAAAGAUAAAGCAAGACUUUAGAACAGCUGAAGGACCAGAAAGUAGUUCUAUGUACGGUUCAUUAUUGGGAAAUAUGCCUCAUGUAUAUAGCUCCCUCCAAGUACCACAUAAGACAAAAGAAGGCAACGCAGAUGGACAAGAGAAAUGUGUCGAUUCUUCUAUGUACGGUUCCCUAGUAGAAGAUAUACCUCAUGUAUAUAGCUCCCUCCAAGUACCACAUAAGACACAAGAAGGCAACGCAGAUGGACAAAAGAAAACUUUGGAGUCUUCGAUGUACGGUUCCCUUGUAGGGAAUGCACUACAUGUAUAUGGUUCUCUGCAAGAACCUCAUGAGACAUAUAAGCAUGAUACCUUUGAUAGUCCAGUCAUAUAAGCAAACACCUAUCAACAGCUCAAUCCUAUUGGUCAUUGGUGCAUUAACGAAUACCAAGCGCUAAGUUAUAAUAAAAAUGAGACAAUAUAAAGCUUGAAAAAAGCUCGAAACAACUGCACCAUUUUUGCUAAUUUUAAUUCAUUUGUAUAAACGACAUCGAUUAAGAUCAUUUGCAGACUAAGGGUGUAAGACUGUAUGGGUGAAUAUUUCGCUUACUCCAUUGGACUCUUUCAAAAGAGGUGGAGCAAAACACAAUGAAUAAGGAAGUCUUUAUUGGCACUCUAUGGUGAUAGCCACCGCUCUAAAAACUGCUUCUGCAACAGACCGUCUAAAAAGUAGUAUCAAAAUUGCAAAUCAAGUUCACGAAACGUUGGUCAUUCAUAUGCUUCAAUGACCAAAACUUUUUCCAUAUGAAAGUGACGAAAUAAAUUGAUUCUUUUCAACAUUGAUCAAUAAAGAAUAAUAUAAU